AUGGCUACCCCCAGUGUCCUCGCUUUUGACAUUGAGGGUCGAGCCAUUGACUUUGAGGUCUGGGUCGACGACCUGCAGCUGUUCUUACAGUGCGAUAGGGCAGACGGCCUUUCCCUCUUUGACCUUACCUCUGGCGCCUCUCCUGCCCCUGCUGCUGAUGCUGACCCCACUGUUCGCUCUCAGUGGGCCACCCGCGAUGCUGCUGCACGUCUUGCUGUGCGUCGCCACUUGCCCACCACUGAGCGCGCGCACUUUAGUCAGUACAAGAGUGCACAGACCUUGUACGACGCUGUAGUUGCGCGCUACUCUUCCCCUGCCACUGCUGCACUGAGCCGUCUCAUGCUACCGUACCUCUUUCCUGAUCUCACUGCCUUUCCCACUGUCGCUGACCUCAUUACGCACCUCCGCACUAGUGACACUCGCUACCGCGCCGCCCUUCGUGCUGAGUUCUGUGCCAAGAACCCCCCCCCCCCCCCCAUGUACAUCGCUCUCUAUUACAUAGUCACUCGUCUCCCUGACUCCCUUCGCGUAGUCAGGGACCACUUCCUCUCAGUCUGUCCCACCACCCUCACUGUCGACCUCCUCGAGAAGGCCCUCCUAGCGGCGGAGAAGAGUAUAGUCGCUGUAGGAGCCUCUCGUGGAGACCCGCGCACCCCCAUCUUUGAGGGGUGUUCUCCUUCCCCCCUGCUGCCCUCUGUGGCCUCUGCUGCUGCUGCCGACCUGCUCGGUCUUGAGUCGGUCGGCGCGGCGUCUGCCCCUAGCGGGAGACGCCGUGCCAAGGGCAAGGGGGGCAAGGGCGCGGAGCCGGUGUAG